UCCUCGCCGCUGUGUGACAGUCGCCGGCGGCCAUUCGGGGGGCCGAGGAGGAGCAGCUGCUGCGUCACCGGCGGCCACGGGGGGAGGAGAAGGCUUCCUCCUGAGUGCAGCUCGCCCGUCAUGUCUUCCACUCACCCCCGAGUGAAGCGCGGCUCCGGCUCCCCUCCCACCCCGGGGGGCUCAGCCCGUCUCCUGCAGCCUAUCCGAGCCACCGUGCCCUACCAGCUCCUGGCCAGCCGUUCCCCGUCCGCCUCCUCUGUGGCCAGCAACACCGAACCGGCCGGACCCCCCAGCCCUUCCACCCCGCCCCCGACCAACAGCAGCCCCGAGGCGGCCAGAGUCCGGAGGAGGAGGAGCAGCACUUCCCCGGAGAGAAGGAACGCCGUGUCCCCCGGGAGCAGAGCCGACAGGUCAAGUUCACAUCACCUGCGACCAUCAAACGCAAUACGACGGACUUCUUCCUUGGACGCCAUAACUGGAACCUACCUGAGCGGGCACUGGCCUCGAGACCAUCAUGUGCACUACCCUUCGUGUAUGAAUGACAAGUCCACACAGACACCAAGCUGCUGGGGAGAAGAGGGUACGGAGAAGAAAAUGGGCCAUCAGCGGUCUGCAUCCUGGGGUAGUGCAGAUCAACUCAAAGAGAUCGCCAAACUAAGACAGCAGUUACAGCGGACCAAGAACAGCACUCGUCACAUCAAAGAUAAAGACAGUCCAUCGCCUUUCCAGGGAAACCACAUAGCAAUCAAUCAUACUCAGGCCUCAUCAUCCCGAUCCAUCCCUGUGCCCACUGCAAGCAUCCUGGUACCAAAAUCCAUAGGCACCAGAGUUCCAUGUAACGUUGAAGGAAUAAGCCCUGAACUCGAGAGAGUCUUCAUUAAGGAAACGAGUGAAAAAGACGGAGUCAAGCCUUUAGAAAUUCCUGAUGGACGUCGAGCUCCAUUACCUUCCACAUAUCGCAGCAGUAGCACGCGCAGCAUCGACACUCAGACGCCUUCUGUCCAAGAGCGAAGCAGCAGCUGCAGCAGCAACCAUUCCCCGUGCGCCUCUCCAUCCUGUCCCCCUGAGUCGCAGGAGGGCAGCCCGUGUUCCACAGAUGAUCUGCUCUUUGACAGAGACAAAGACAGUGGGAGUAGCUCACCGCUGCCCAAGUACGCCUCCUCUCCCAAACCAAACAACAGCUACAUGUUCAAACGGGAGCCCCCAGAGGGAUGCGAGCGCGUGAAGGUCUUUGAGGAGAUGUCGUCUCGUCAGCCAGUCCCUACCGCUCUCUUUUCAUGUCCUGACAAAAACAAGGUUAACUUCAACCCCACGGGAUCGGCGUUCUGUCCUGUAAAGCUCCUGACCUCCUUGCUCAUUACUUCGGACCUGACCAUCAAGAACCUUCAGACCCCUGUCCCGAGCUCUCCUGUGACCAUUGAGCACCUAACAUCUCAGGUCUCCAAUUCCUCCUUGACCGAUAAUGCCACCAGCACCGUAGACAACACUGAAGCCAAUGGCCAAGACUCCUCUCAAGAACAGCAACAUGGUGGGGAGAGACCGGCCGAUGAUCAGUUAUCACGGUCUCCUCCUUCUCCCCACAACCAUGUUGUCAUGUAAGCUGGGCAGAGCUGGCCUCUGCCGUUCCUGAGCUGUCUAGAAGCCAGACCAACAACUUCUGCAUGCGGAUUGGUUAACGCUGUCUGAUCCUUAUUGUAACAGAAAAGUACUGCUUAGCGUCAAUUAAUCACAUCUGCCAAUGUCUGUCUGGGGCUGGGACCAAAUCCCCCCCCCCCCAAUCAAAAAAAAAAAAAAAAAAUUCUGGUUUCCUCUUUCUAGAUGAAGGUAAAUUUGUGCAGAAAUUUUCACCAGUAUCUCUGAAUGAUUUCAUUGUGGACUAUGCAUUUUGCAGUUUGUCUGAACAGGUACAUUUUUGCAUUCUGUUAUCAAAGCAUAAAAUAACCUCUUUAUAACCACAAUCCAAAAACAUCUAAAGCUAGUGUCACACAGGUGCUUUGCAUGUGGCAGAGGGGACCAAGUCCUGGUUUCCAGUGGUGAACCCAAUAGUAAAAUGCAGACAAAUCUCUGGGAUUGACGAAAAGAACCCUUUCCACUUUUCUCAAUGGCAUCUUGUUCCAGACUUGCAUCCCUCGGCUCAUUAAAGCGGAGGUCCACA